AUGACUAAACGUACAGCAUGGGAAACGUUUGAUAGUUAUUCUUAUAUUCCAUCUAAAAAAAAAAAUAAAUUUUCUAAUGAUGUUUUUACACAUUUUUUUGGUAAUGAUGUUGAUGGUUUUUCAUUAUAUCAUAAUAUGAAAAAUGCAAGUAAUAAAUUAAAUCCUAUGAAUAUUUCUGGAUUACCUUGUAAUAUGGUUUGUGAUCCUGAAGAUGCUACUAAUGAAAAUAUAAAACAAGAUAGUUUUUCACCAAUCAAUUCUAUUAUUUCUAUAUUUUUUAAUGAUGCUUCUUAUAUUGAUACUUUUGGAUUAUUUGAAACUGAUAUCAUGGAAAAUUAUAUUUCAAAUCAUAAUGAUGAUUCAAUAAAAUAUGGAAUACAAAAAUAUACCAAUAAAAAUCUUGUUACAAAUUCUUUAAUUGCAUUAAAUAGAUUUGGUCAAACAAUUUCUAAAGAUGUUCCAAAAGCACCUAGAUUAAAAUUACAUGGUUUCUUUUGUCAAGUUGAUAUGAGUAUAGUAAUGAAUACAGAAAAAAAUAAUGGUAUUGAUUUAAAUGAUAAUUUAAAAUUAUUUGAACCAUCUGGUAAUUUUAUCAUAACAUUAUCCCUUUUAAUUGCAAAAAAUGAAAAUAUUUUCAUUAAAGAAAAAAUUGAUUUAGAAGAUAUAUUUAAAAAAGGCACAUAUAGAUUUGAUAACACUGAUAAUAAUAUGGCAUCUCGUCUAAAUCAAGAUAACUGGGAAUUAAUGACAGCAAUUGAUACACCAAUUAAUAUAAAUGAAUUAUUGGAAAAUAACAAAUCUAAAUGUUGUAAUAAACCUUUUUGGCAUAAUUUUAGUAUAUACAUUUAUUAUUCUCAUACUCAAUCAAUGAAAGGACAAAAAUCUACUAUGCAAGGAAUGCCUUAUGGUGUAAAAAAAGUUGAUGAAGAUAAAAAUAUAAUUAUUUAUUGUUGUGAUAAAAAUAACCAAACUAAUAUGAUUGGAUAUCAACCAAAUGUUGUUUGGGUUUUGACUGUAACUAUUGAUCCAAAAUCACUUAAAAAAAAAAUUGAAAAUGGUUUAAAAUUAGACUUGGAAUAUAAUAAUAAUAUUACUUUUUUUGGCAUCGAACCUAAAUUUCCUACACACACUGGUCCUUUUCUUCUUGUUGAUAAAAUAAUUCCUAUGAUGGCUUAUGAUACAAAUAUGGAUAGUAUGUCAAAUCUCAAAUUCACUACUAGUUCUGCAAUGCAACAAUUAGUUGAUGCUGUUAAAGCAGCAAUAAACAAUCCAGAAAAUAUAAAUAACAAUGAUGAUGAUAGCAUAAUAUCAUAUUACAAAAAAAAAAUAAAUGAAAAAACUAAAAUUUGUGAUUUACAACCUGGUAGUGAAUUGUAUGAUUUAAUACAAAAUGAUAAUAGAUUAGGAACCUGGCAUAUUAAAGAAUUAAAUAAUAUUAUUAAAGAAAAGGGAAAAAUAAUAAUAGAAGAUUUUAAAUCAUUGAUUAUUCAUGAAAAAAAUAAUGAAAAAAUAGAAAAAUAUAUUAAUUCCUUAAAAAAAAUCAAUGCUUUUUUUCUUGAUGAUAAAAAUAAAUUUAUACAAGAAAUAGAUUUAUUAAAAUCAAAUUUAAAAAUAAUAAAUCAAUCUAAAUUAAAUCCAGAUAUUCUAAAAAUACAUGUAAUUGUUAAAUUCAAUUCUAGAAAAAAUAAUUCUUUUAGAUUAAAACCUAUAUAUUUUCCUUUUGGUUAUCCUAUUAAAAGAAUAAUAAAUUUAAUAAUUAAAAGAUAUAAUACAAUUAUCGAAUCAAAUACUGAAUUAAAUAAGCAUCUUUAUAAUCUUAUUUUAUAUAAUCUUAAAUCAUAUAAAGAAAGUUUUUAUAUAAAACCUUGGAAAUCUUUGAUAUACCAUGGUAUACAUAAAAAUAGAAAUAAUUCUUUUUAUAUGAAUAUAAAAAAAAUAGAUAAAAGAUUAUUUUUGGAAAUUGUCGAUUUAUUAUUAUCUGUUACAAGAAAUGAUGAUAUUUCUUUUUUUAAUACAUUACAUUUAAAAAUAGUAAAUACUGAUAAUAAUCUUAUUCAAUGUGUAAAAUUAAAUCCAUAUAAUAAUUAUAUUCAAAACUCUGAUCCAAGUAAUAUCGAAUAUUUUUAUAAAAUAAUUAAUAAUCCUUACAAUCAUGAAAAUCAUUACAAUCCAUCUCCUUAUAUUAAUAACAUGGAUAAUUUACAUGAAGACUAUUAA